AUGCCGUCUGCAAUCUCGCCCUCGAGGCCUUUCAACAUUGCCAUCAUCGGCGGCGGAAUCUCAGGUCUCUCUCUUGCGCUAACCCUCCUGGACCACAACAUCCCCAUCACCAUCUAUGAAGCAGCCUCGGGUUUUAGCGAGAUCGGCGCGGGCGUUGCCUUUGGCCCCAAUGCAGGGCGCGCAAUGGAGUACCUGUCCCCCAAGAUUUUGCAAGCUUUCCGGAAAUGCAGGACUGGAAAUGGCGAUGGCGCCAAAGCAAAUGUUUGGUUCACAGUCCGCGUAGGAGACGACAGAAAAGCGGACAAAGACGGCUUUGUCAAAAAGGGAGUCAAGGUGGGCGACCCCUGUUUCGUGGUUCCUCUACCCGAAGAUGGAGAACGUGGAGGCGUGUACAGAGCCCACUUUCUCGACGAGCUGGUCAAAGACGUGCCGGAAGACGUUGCCAAGUUUAACAAGAGACUGGUUGACAUGGAAGAGGCGGCUGACGGUUCUGGAGACAUGGUGCUGAAGUUUGCCGACGGUUCCUCAGCACAGCACACGGCCGUCAUUGGCUGUGACGGAAUCAAGUCGAUGACGAGAAAAUGGGUACUUGGAAGAGACAAUCCUGCCUCAAAUGCCGUUUUCUCUGGCAAAUACGCAUACCGAGGCCUGAUUCACAUGGACAAAGCAGUAGAGCUUCUGGGCGACGAUGUCGCCAGAAAUGGCCAAAUGUUUCUAGGAUACCACGGCCAUCUCCUCACAUUUCCCAUUGCCCAUGGCAAAGUCAUGAAUGUCGUCGCCUUCAGGUCGCGCGAAACAUGGGAUAACGACAAUUGGGUCGUUACCACUUCCAAAGAAGAUAUGCAGGCCGACUUUGCUGAAUGGGGCCCUCACGUGCAGAAAAUCGUGGCUGCCAUGGAAAAGCCAGAUAUCUGGGCCCUCUUCAUGCACCCGCCCUGUGACUCCUUUACCAAGGGCCGCGUGGUUCUGCUGGGCGAUGCGGCGCACGCAUCAACCCCGCAUCAAGGCGCCGGCGCCGGCAUGGGCAUAGAAGACGCCUGUGUCAUCUCCAACCUGAUCAAGGAUGCGAACAACACAGACGAGCUAAUGCGCGCGUUUGCCGCCUACGACCAAGUGCGGCGCGGGAGGCCGCAGGAAAACGUGGCUAGGAGUUUUGAGUCUGGCAAGCUGUACGACUUCGAGCUCGAGCUCGAGGGAGACGAUAUGGAUAAGAUCGAGCACAACUUUGUCAACAGAAUGAAAUGGGUCUGGAACUUUGAUAUGAAUGCCCAUCUGACAGAGGCGCAGAAGAUCAUGAGGCAAGGUGCAUGAUGUCGGUUAUGACUUGGAUCUGUUGAUACUUUGGCUAUGGUAUUUCGUAGACUAAUCGAUAACAUCGUCUCUCAGCGAGAAGA